AUGAGCAUCGAAAUACCAGAGAGACAGACUGCUCCAUCGGUAGCAACGUCUGCUACUCCAUCUGAAAAUAUCCCCAAGGCCAAAGAGAUCAUUCCAUCAACAGAGACAUCAACAGUAGAGAAAGAGAAAGACACAUUCCAAUCUUCAAUCUACUCCCCAGCAAACCUACUCUCAAGUCUCCUCUCUCCAUUCUCUUUCUCGGGCACGUCUCCGGACAACAAAGAAAAAGAGAAAGAGACCAAAAGUUCAACUAAAAUAUCAAUCGAAACACCAACCUUAGACUCAACCACACAACCAACCCCAGAACCAUAUUACACGCCCGAAGACACACCUCUCUACAAAGCCCUCUACAAGACGCGUCUAACAAAAACCCGCACGAAACAACUCCUCCGCGCAGGAGAGCGAGCAUACAAUGACCCACCACCUCCACCAGGAUUGGGUGAUUGUUGUGGGAGCUCAUGUGACCCUUGUGUAAGGGAUUUGUGGAAGCAAGAGAUUGGGAUUUGGAGGGAGAGAUGGGGGGAUUGGGGUAUUGAAGAAGGGGCAGGAGUUUUGAAGAGUGAGAAGAAAGAAGAGAAAUUGGGGAAUAAGAAAGAAUUGGAAUGGUGA